GAACUGAGUGAGUGUAGCACCUAGCAUGAUGCUACACAUGCAGCGCGUCACAGAAACGUGAAGAGGAUUCAUCUUGACUCUGAGGAUCUCUGUGUGAGGAAGAUGGCGUCUGACGAGGUGCUGGCCUCUCUGGGGGUGGGAGGAGCCGUAGCCGCAGCUCACGCUCUGUCUCUUCCUGCUGACGCUUACGGAAAUGACCCGCGGCUCGAGGCCAUGUGGGCGAUGAAGGCGUACAACCACGCGGAGGUUUACUUCAACCUCAUUUCAUCAGUGGAUCCAAAGUUCCUGAAACUAACUAAACUGGACGAUGAGAUCUAUUCGUCCUUCAGAGAAACGUUCAAAGAUCUGGACAUCAAACUUCUGGAAACAGACGACCUGAAAUCGAACGAAGCCAAAGAGCGCUGGCGUCCGUUCUGUAACCAGUUCGAAGGACUCAUCGAAGAUUUCAACUACGGGACUCUGCUGCGUCUGGACUGUGGGAAGGACUACACCGAGGAGAACACCCUGUUCGCCACCAGGGCGCAGUUCUUCGCUGUGGAAAUCGCCCGUAACAGAGAAGGUUGUAACGAUGUUGUGUUCAAGUCUAAAAGUGCAAAAGCCACAUCUUAACAAACCAAGUGAAACAACAAGGACCCGAUCGAUCAGGAAACACCUGAACAUUGUCGUUGGAUCAACUUUUAUUCUUAAAGUUUUAUGAAAACGUUCCUUCAUGUUUAAUUCAGAUUCAUACGUGACCUCAGUUCUGUUUCACUUGCAUUUUGUAUUUACUGUAAAAUUGUUGUGCCAAUUAUAAGUUCAUGUUUUUUUUGUUGAAGAUAAACGUUAGUGCCUGAGAAGGAAACAAAUAAAGAAUCAAAGUUCAAAGUGUCGACUUCA